AUAUAUAUAUAUAUAUAUAUAUGUCACAUGAGAGCACUGAAUUCCUUUUUUAAACUUGGAUUGAUUUCCGGAUGCUGCUGAGUUUACUGUUAACCUUUAGGCAUUGAAGUUUCUUGGGUUUUUCAAAGGAAUGAACUUUCUGUUAAAGAUUUACAGGGCCUGAAAAAUAUAUUAGUAUAAGAUGAAUACAAGAGUCAGGACUAAAUCAAUCAAAGUUCCAGAAAAAGGGAAGGUUGAAAAAAUACAGGGGAACGAACAGAGUGAUGCCAUAAAAGCAGCAAAAAUAAAUAGACAAGCCUCAAGCAGAGAGAGGAAAAUGGCAUUGCAACAAGAUGUCGAUAAAUUAAAGAAGAAGCUCAGGUACGAAGAGAAUGUUCACAGAGCUUUAGAGCGAGCUUUCAACAGACCUUUGGGCGCUCUACCUCGCCUUCCUCCUUAUCUGCCUGCAGCUACGCUAGAGCUUCUUGCAGAAGUAGCUGUUUUGGAAGAGGAGGUUGUUCGGCUCGAAGAACAAGUUGUGCAUUUUAGGCAGGACUUGUACCAAGAAGCUGUCUACAUUUCGAGCUCCAAAAAAAAUGUGGAAAGUUUUGCUGAUCUGUAUGAUCUGUGCUUGAAUAAAAAUUCCAAACCAGAAAAUCCCAAGACCAUAGCUCGGAAUUUAGGUGAAUCCGCUACAUCCGCAAUUAGGCAUUUGCCAUCUCUUCCUGAGGAUGGACAAGGCAAAGAAAAUCAGUUGUGUAUUAAUUCUAUGAAGAAUAACAAGAGUUCCUCAAUCCAUAAAGCUCAAACAAGCAGAACUCCAGCGAAAAGACCUCCCGUUGACAAUAAACCAGUUGAGAAGCAUUUAGAUCCUCAGAAAUUGCCGCUAGAAUGUAGAACAAUAGGUCAAGAAAAUGCAGAAGCGAGAACUGUUACUACUGCAGAUGAAAGCUCAUUAGGAGACAAUAACAACCCAAACAAGAUUUCUGAGGACAUUGUGAAAUGCUUAUCAAGCAUUUUCUUAAGGAUGAGCCCAAUGAAGAGUAGGCGCGCUGCAGAGAGUUUACCUUUCUUAUCGACAUUAGUAUCUCAAGAAAAUGGUGAAGAAAUUAGAUGCUGUGAUCCUUAUGGUAUAUGUGCAGAAUUUGAAAAGAGAGAUAUUGGUCCAUAUAAGCAUUUCUUUGCUAUAGAAACUGGCACAAUUAAUACCAACCGAACAUCAAACUCUUUAUUUCUACUUCAUAGGCGAAAACUUCUACUGGUGAAACUUGCCUCUGUCAACUUACAGAACCUCACCCAUCAGGAGAAGGUUGCAUUCUGGAUAAACAUUUACAAUUCUUGUAUGAUGAAUGCAUUUCUAGAACAUGGAAUACCAGAAAGUCCUGAAAUUGUUGUGGCACUAAUGCAAAAGGCAACAAUAAAUGUUGGGGGGCACUUGUUAAAUGCAAUAACUAUUGAACAUUUCAUCCUUAGACUGCCUUAUCACUCAAAAUAUACAUUUCCAAAGGGAGCAAAAAAUGAUGAAAUGACAGCAAGGAGCAAAUUCGGAUUGGAGUUAUCUGAACCAUUGGUCACAUUUGCCCUAUCAUGUGGAAGCUGGUCCUCACCAGCAGUGAGAGUGUACACUGCAUCUCAGGUUGAAAAUGAACUGGAUGUGGCAAAAAGAGAGUAUUUGCAGGCUGCAAUUGGAAUUUCAACAAGAAAGUUAGCAAUCCCAAAGUUGUUGGAUUGGUAUUUACUUGAUUUUGCAAAGGAUGUAGAGUCAUUGCUUGACUGGAUUUGCCUUCAGUUACCAAGUGAACUAGGGAAAGAAGCAAUCAAGUGCCUUGAGAGAGGUAAAAGCGAGCCCCAUUCUCAGUUUGUCCAAAUUAUGCCAUAUGAAUUUAGAUUUAGGUACCUUUUGUGCACACAAUAAAUUUCGUUACCAUUUUGGUUUACAUGAUUUUGAAGAAGUUGGAGUCUCAAUUUUGUACACAGCUAUAGGAUAAUAUAAAUAUCAAAUAUAAAUGUAUAAUUUCAUCUGCUUGUAAGUAUUUGUAAAAAAUGGAGGGGGAAAAAAGAAAAGAAAAGAAUGUACUCUUCCACUAAAAGUGAAACUAAACAAGUCAUAAAGUGGUGUAUUCUUGAGUUGAGACAUCUUUCUUGCCAUCGACUGAUCUACAUCUUAUGCAAAGGUCUAACCACUUGGUGUUUAAUGCUGCAAAUAGUCUUGUAUUAUUAUCAUGAUUACUUGUUUUCAGUGCAGUACUGUAUUCCUAUGUGGAGUAGAAACAAGACAAAAGUGUAACUUUCUGCAACUUGAAAAAGAUGAUGUUGAAGUUUUUGAUUAGUGGUUACUGGUUAGUUAAGUUAUUUGAUCUGACAACACUUAAAAAUUAUAGAAUCUGACAACUUUUUUCCUGUAAUUGGUUUUCCAGCUGUAUUCACAUUAAAAAAUGGAAACAAUAAUGAAAUUCCAAA